AUGCCAAAUAUUUUUUCGUCCAAGAGAUGGCUUCAGCAGGGAUUCUGUCCAACCACGGGAACAUUGGUAACUGUCACUGUUGGAUCUGGAAUUCAGGCAGCAGAGGUCAAAGCCAGUCGUGAAACAGAAAUGACGCUGAGAGUCAGGAGAGUUCUAUGGCUGGUUCUGGGCAUGCUCAGUCUGUCCCUCCUGCUGGUGGGGUUGGGUGUCUACACGACAACUCUCUCUGAGAGCCUCAGUGUUUCUGGCUGCAUGUCUGGAGUUAUUCUGACUCUGGGAUCCUUCCUUGGCCUUCUGGGACUUCUGCUGGAGGAAAAUCGCAAGAAGCUGCUGACGGCAGCCAUUGUUUUCCUGAGUCUGGGAGUCAUGGCCUCCUUCGUGUGCCUUUUGAUCGACGGUGUUGGUGUUGUGUGGAACAUGGACAUGCGUCCACUGCGAGCGGAGCGAUGCCAGUACUACAGCAGCGGCGACAGCUAUAUUUAUGAGAACGUCUUCACAUCUGUGACAUGCUGGACAUUAAAGGAGUCUUGCAGCUUCACCGUCCGAAGUGGGACCUGCUACUGCUGCGAUUUAUACAACUGCGCCAACGGAGGUUAUCUCAACAACUACUACGAGUUUGUCAGCGUGAGCAGCUGCGAGGAAGUCAAGACCCUCUACGUCUUGAUUUGGAUUCUCAUCGGACUGAACCUUGUGGCCUUUUUCAUGGGGAUACUGACCACUGCGAUGCUGGGCAGCGUCAAGGACAUGGUAUUCAAAAGCAUCGCGACUCAGCAGUAA